CUUUUUUGGGGAAAAGGACAUUGUAAACACAAUAGUUUCAUGGUUUCAACACAAAACCUCUCAGUUCUGCUUUUGCCAUGCCAGUCAUCAGAAGGGUUAUGUGUUUACACAAGUAGAAGAAACACUUUUGAUCCGGACUGUUUUAGUCACACCAUAUGCCUCAAAGAAACGACUUCCCACUUAUACAGGAUUUCAAGUGGGGGAGGGAGAGGCAGACAAAUCUAGUAAUUCUGACUGGAUUCUAUGGCUCUUCAAAAUGGAUACUCAAUCAAUACUGCCCUUUCGGACGAGAGUGGAGAUACCGAACCCCUCCUGGAAGAUGAAGCGGUUGAGGGGGUGGAAUCUGUACAUCCUCAAUGCUGCUCCACCCGCCUCAACCUCGCCGUCAUGAUGUUCUUCGGCUUCUCCGUCGUCUAUGGUCUCCGCGUCAACCUCAGUGUUGCCAUGGUAGCCAUGGUGAACGAAACCCGCAGCCAGCCGACACUCAACGGCACGGCAAGACACGAGUGUCCGGUGCCUUCCCACAGCUUCUCCAACAGUAGUCCUAGUCCAGACCAACCAGAUGGGAUUCCCCAGUACUCCUGGGACUCAGGGACUCAGGGGUGGCUGCUGGGAGCCUUCUUCUUCGGCUACCUGUUCACCCAGAUCCCCGGGGGCUACCUGGCGGGCCACUACGGCGGCAGCAAGUUUCUGGGAGGAGGGGUGCUGGGCACUGCCGCCCUCACCCUCCUCACCCCCCAGGCCGCCCAGAUGGGGGCCUCCUGGCUGUUUGCCCUUCGGGCUCUGGAAGGCUUUGGAGAGGGUGUAACAUUCCCAGCCAUGAUGGCUAUGUGGGCUUGUUGGGCACCGCCAUUGGAGAGGUCGCGCCUGAUAACCCUGUCGGGGGCAGGGGCUAACUUUGGGGCCUUUGUUGCAUUGCCCCUAACAGGCUUUAUCUGCCACAGCCUGGGUUGGCCUGCUGUAUUCUACAUAUGUGGAGGAGCAGGUUGUCUCUGGGCAGUUGCCUGGUUCAUCCUGGUAUCAGACAACCCUCAUACUCAUCCACGAAUCAGCAAACAGGAACAGGAUUACAUAAUCAACACUAUAGGCCCCCAGGGAGGUGCGCAUGGCUGGUCUGUACCUCUGCUGUCUCUGCUGCUGUCUGGACCCCUCUGGGCCAUCAUUCUGUCCCAGAUGUGUGCCAACUGGUCGUACUACACCCUGCUGACCUCCCUUCCCACCUACAUGGACACCGUACUGCACUUUGACCUCCGACAGAAUUCCUUUCUGUCUGCCCUGCCAUACCUGGGUGCUUGGCUCUUCUCUCUGCUCUCAGGCGUAGUAGCAGACAGUCUCCUGGAGAAGGAGCUAUUGAGUACCACUGCCGUUCGCAAGAUCUUCACCAUUACAGGUCUGCUGUUACCAGCAGGGUUCCUGGUGGCAUUGGGCUUCUCAGGGUGCAGUGGAACACUAGCUGUGACCUUUCUCACCCUCUCUACCACUAUUGGGGGAACAAGUGCUGCAGGGGUUUUCAUCAACCAGAUAGACAUCGCCCCACGGUACGCAGGAGUGCUCCUGGGAAUCACCAACACUUUCGGGACCAUCCCAGGGGUUGUGGCACCUAUUGCAGUGGGUUACCUUACCAAAGAUCACACUGUGGCGGGCUGGAGGAGUGUGUUCUGCGUAGCCGCCGGCAUCAGUGCCAUCGGGGCGCUCAUCUUCACCUUGUUUGGAAGUGGAAAGAUCCAGAAGUGGGCUCUGCCCGAGGAAGAGAAGGCCAUCGUUGAGGCGGACUCAGGCCGACUUGUCUCAACAUGACCUUGUAGGCUGAACUAUGCGUAACUUUCCCAAAAGAUCUCUGUGGAUGUAGGCCUAAUGGGUCAUUCACUACCAGCUGAUAUCUCUGAGCUUUGUCUGAGCUGAGAAUGUGUCAGGGUGACAUCAUCUGCUGGAAAUCUUCAAGCAAGCCUUAUCUAACGCCUGUAUUUUUAUAUGGGGAAAACAAGAAGCUCAUGUGCCAUUUACACAACUUACUUUUUUUAUUAUCAAAAAAUUCAAAAUCCUUUUUAUAAAGUGCCCACAAUAACAUGAUGUGAUCCUACAGUAUCAGUAUGCACUUUGAUUUAAAUAUUUGAUGCUGUGUCUCAUUGGAGUGUGAAAUACAAUAAUGUGAGAUUCAUCUUUAAAUGUACGUAUAAGUGAGUCUUUGUUAUGGUCAUUGUUUUGUACCGCGAUUGUAAUGAAGGUAUCAGUGUGGGCGCCACAAGGAGGCAGAAAUUCGCAUAUUUUUCCAUUCCUUGAGAAUCAUCAUUAGAAAGUACAGUUUUUCUGCCACUAGAGGGCACUGAAUAAUGACUUUUUCUCUGCUUUUGGCUUUCCGUUUUGCUUGGAUCUUGCAUCAGAUUUUUGUUGGUGAUCCGGAUGUAAUUGUUGAGGGGGCGGGGCACAUCAAACUAUGCCGGUGGAGACAACCAGAGCCAUGGAAAGACUGCCUCCUGCUUUUGCAUGGAAACCUGCCGGCGCUGGGCGUUUUAUGUGCGUUUUUGUCCUUGUAGAGAGACACAUAUCAAACAAAAGGUCUUCUGAUAACACUUGACAGUGUAAUAAACCUAUUUAUAAUAGAGUAA